AUGAUACUAUGCAUGUAUAAAGAAACAAAAAAUAUUGAUAUUCAAUACGAUAAUUUGAUCGCCAAAAACACUUCAUGCUUCUACUUGAAAGCUUGUAGUAGUUAAGAAUAAUCGGAAUAGAAUUAACUUUCAAACCAAAGAUUUCUUUUCAAAUGUGUUUUCUGUCUAUUUGUAUAAAUCAUGUCUUAUAGUUGUAUCAAUUUUUAACUGCUAGUUAUAACUUAUUUUUGUUUUCCGAGUUUUUCCCAAAUUCUUCUAUAAACUUUAGACUUUGUAAAAAUCAGAAAAAUAUCAAAGUUAUAACUAACUCUUUCAGACAAAGUCAGUUAGCGAAUGAAUUGAAGAAUAUAAUAUUUAUGUUAAAACAUGAACAAAAACAAAUGGUGUAUUCUCAAGCUUAAAACGCGACUUUAUAAGACAUUAAAAUUAAUGUACAGUUAUACGGAGAAACGUCCGUAAGUUUCACUGUAAAAUUUAUUAAUAAGUACUUUGUCAUUCUGACUUCAUACAAAUCACGAGAAGUGUAUCUUCCACAUAUACCCGUGAAAUAAGACCAAUGACAAAUAACUCGAAAUAUUUGCAUUAUUUAAUUCUGCCUUAUCAUUCAAGUUUAAUAAGUACUUAAUUACGUACAAAUACGUAAUUUAAUUUUUUAAUAAAAAGUUAUCACUAAGGUAUUACUUCACAAAAGUAAUAAUUUCAUUAUUUUUAUUAUAAUAGUAUGAAAUGUUAAAUUGUUUACGGGUAUAUAGUAAUAAUAAGAAGAAAAAAAACAAAAGAACAUAGCAACAGAAAAGUCAGUGAUUGAUCUCUGUCGGCUUUAAUUGUGCAUUUACAACCAGUAGUUCAAUCAAAGGUGUGUUUGCUUGAUUGGUUUAUCGGUGUUGAUUAAACAGAGUUGUUAUUUUGUUUAUUGCAAUAAUGACAUUAAGUACAGGAGGGUUGUUAAAACUUUUUAAUCAUAGUCAAAAUAUCAAAGGAAGCAUCACAUAUUUGUAAGUACCAAUUAAUUGUCGUAAUAAUUUUAAUCCUUCACGUUUGAUCUUUUGUUGAAAUACUAUGAGUUUGAGAAUUUUUCAUACAAGCAUUAUUUUAUUUUUUAAGUAAUUAAAUAUGAGUAAAUGAUGCAUGAAUAUAAAAUGGAAUGAAUGGAUAUUUCUACCUAUUUCAAAGUUAUCAUAACAUCAUACUAUUAACGUGCUAUUGCUUGUGAAAUAAGAGUAUUUGUGAUUUGUUGGAAUUGAUUGUUUUUGAAUUGUGUUAAAGUGAAAGUGUGUAAUUUCAAACAUGCCUUUUGUAGUUGGACAUAGCCAGACCAAGUAUCUGUCUCAGUACUUAAGUACUGAUAGUUAUACUGUGUUUUCCUAUCCUGGAUAUAGAACUUGUGAUAUAUUGAAGAAGGAUAUCAUCUACGAAGUUGUUCCAUUUUUCUCGGUUGUAGUUGUGGUCGUUGGUGCUAAUGAUAUUGGUUCACGUUCACCACAGCAGAUUGUUAGUGAUAUUCGACUGUUGUGCGAACACUUUCAUCUCCGUAGUCCAAGUGCAACCAUACUUGUGUCCGAGAUUCUUCCGAGAGCCCAGAACCUCUUCACUGGUUGUCAUCUCCGCAAAGAGUUUCUCGAUCAUUGGAACUACGAUGCUGGUGCGGUCAAUCGUCUGUUACACUCACUCUCCACUGAACUCCAAUGGAUAAGAAUUAUCGAGCAUACAGAUUUUCAUACACUCUUUGGCGCAAACAGACAACUUCUCAGUAAGGAUGGCCUUCACUUGAGUUAUGAGGGAACACAAACAUUUACAAGUAACAUUGAAGAAGCUGUUCGAGCAGUGCCAACAUCACGUCCGGCGGAAACGCAAUCAUGUACUUCUAAAGUCGUGCCGUCGAUAACAACUUCGCUUCCGGCGGGACAGGAUUCAUCUGCUACUAACGUCGUUCUGUCGAAAUCAGCGCAGCUUCCUGUGGAACCGAGUUCGUCUACCCUUAAAGUCUUGCCGUCGAAUUCAGUGUCGCUUCCGGCUGAAACGCAGUCACCGACGACGCUACCGGCGGGACCGCAGUCACCGACAACGCUACAGGCGGGACCGCAGUCACCUACUUCUAGAGCUGUGCCGUCAGAUAGCGAACUUGAUGAACUUGUUAAGUGGAUAGAAGACGCCAAACAAAUUCCAUCUAGGCAACAGAGUGGAGGAGGUGGUGUGUCUAUUCCGUUCUCAACACAGAAUACUCCCCUUUCGACGCAAUAUGUUGAAGACUUAAUGUGUGCAUGUGAAUCAGGAUUAAACAAAGAAAAAAUAUGCAGUGCAGUGCCGACUGAAAUUAAUAGUGGUGAUAUAUAUGUUAUUGAUCUAGACUCGCUUCCUAACAAAAAAGAUGUUCGAAUUGAUAAAUAUAUGUGGUUAAAUGACGGAAGAAAGAAAAUACCAAAUAAGAAACCUACACUCUUUAAAACAUUUUUCAAAAUCAGAUUGCCUGAUAACAAUUAUUCGAAAUCCUUUCAAAAGUACAUAUUUGAACGCAUUGAAAACGGAAAAUUUGCAAUAUUACAUUAUAUUGGCGACGCGUCUGUGUAUCAACCGUUGGCACAUGGGAAUUCAAAGAAAGGAUCUGUAUUCGUAAGAACAUGUCCGUCUGUAAUUGACGAAAUUAAAUCUCGCGCAGACGAUGUUUCUGCAUCUGCAAAUCUGAUAGAUAAAGAACUGAAAUGCAGAGCAAAAAAGGGUGCUGAUUUUGGUGUAAAAACUUCAAGAAAUCUAGAUCAGGUAAAAAAUCACCUCUACAAAACUAGAAGAGAAAAACGCUUUAGUAAUGAUGAAAUAUACAAUUUGUGUGAAAUUUCAAUAGAACUGGAAAAUUUUAAUAAGCAAAUAGAUGUUUACCCUACACUGGUGUGUAUUUCUGGUCUAGAAGAAAUUCAGAAAGAAUUUAAUGAACUACUUACAUUUGACUCUGGCACUACCAUUAAAAUGUAUUAUGAUACAACCUACAAGAUGGGGCAGUUGUUUGUCAGUGUUUUAUCAUAUCAGCACGUUCUGUUUGAGGGCAACAAAAUCAUUCCCGUAGCGUUCGUGAUGCACGAGAGGAGGGACUCCAAAUUCCACGAACGUUUCUUUAAUGUCAUUAAGGAACAUAUACCAAAUCUUAGCAAAACAAAAUACCCCAUAAUAUGUGACAGAGAAGCGGGUAUUAAGCUCGCUAUUAAGAACUCUCUUCCUAAUAUACCUAUAGUACAUUGUUGGAACCACAUAAAGACAGAUGUGAAAACUUGGUUACACAAAUUGAAAGGUACCAACGACGACCGUUCCGUGUAUUUGUCUCAUGUAGAUACAUUGUUAAGGUGUUUCUCAGAAUCAGAAUACAGUGAAAAGUUAAGUGAAUUUAAAGAACUAUGGUCGACAGAAUUUAGAAAGUACUAUGAAAAAAAUCUUCAUCCUUCCAUUAUAGAAAAUUCAGGUCGCUGGCUACUAGAAGAAUAUAAUAUUUACAAUCCAUAUUCAGGCAUUACAACAAAUCCAGCAGAAUCAGUAAAUAACAUGAUAAAGUCUGUACAACAACGUAAAGAGCUUCCAGUUGAUUUAAUAUGUUUGAAUUUACUCAUGUGUCAAAAGGCAGUAUAUGCAGACAUUCAGUGUGGUCGUGCCGGCUUUGGUAACUUUAAAUUGAAAAAAGACUGUGAAUACGCUAGAAUAGAUCCAAGUGAAAUUGAUGUUCCUGACAUAACGGGAACACCAGACGAAAUUUUGAAAGUUGGCAGUUAA